AUGACGGCCCGCGAAGAAACCGUCCUACCUCCUACCGAUCCCUUCAUCUCCGAUGAGAAUGAUUGGUGGGAGUUUACUCUGAAGGACGUGAAGGUGUUGCGGCCAGGCAAGAUGCUUUACGCAAACCUGCUUGAAGUGACAGAACAGAACCCAGUGCAAGUAAUUGGUUGCUUGGAGCUUAAACCGAAUCAGGUCCACCUAGGUGCGUACAACUCCUUGCUUGAGCUUGUGACGCUUAUCGUUACACGUCAGCUGUCAGCUCACCUUCCAUUUAAAGCUCUCGACCCCGACCUCCUCACAAAACGAAUCCUCAUCGACGACGUCACACAUUAUGCAUACGGACAGGCAGAGGACCGCAGCGUUCAGCUUUGGGUUGCUGGCAAGGCUGGUUGGUACCAGAUCGAGGCGGCCAAGGGCUACAUGCCUUAUUUCAAUCGUAUGGUUCAGGCCGUGGACAUGUAUUACUUCUUGAUGGAUAAACACAAACAAGGAAAGAAACAGAUCAAUCCGACCUUCAAGAGCCUCUGUGAGCAGUACAUUUACCACACACACGGCGAUUGCGAGAGCAGGGAGCAGUCAGCAGAAGUGUUCGCAGCGCACGCGUCUUUCUUGCUCCGCUGUAUGAUCGAGGAUGACCUCGUUAUGGAAUGGAACAAGACCAACGUCUUCCUCCAUCUACGUCGUCAAUUCCACGACGAGUACAAGCUUAUUAUGGACCAACGUUCUCCCAAGUCGGAGAAUGGUGAUUCAGAAGAUGAACCGCAGAAAUCAACUCCUCGACAUGAUUCGAGCGCAAUCGCAAAGUCGCAAACCGAUGCCAUCUACCACAUGACGAAGCUAUUGAAGAGAGAGGGACAUCUAGCAAAGCGGCGACUUCAUCUUGACCUUCUGACUGAUCGUUUAUCCGAGCGAUACACAUUUAGCAAAGAUGAUGCGUACAAGAUUGUUUGCGCUAGAGCAAGCGACGUCAUUGAACGGCUUGAUGAAGAAGAAUUCAGGUGGUCUCGUUAUGUCAUUUAUAGGGAAUUGACACACGCUGCCACCCAAAGUGAUACUCUACCACCCGCCCUCCUUACACCUCUUGAAUCCCUCGAAGAUUCCAGUGAUGAUGACUCUGAUAUCGGACGGAUUCAUAAAUCCGUGCUUCGCCCCAAAGCUACUUCAAUGUCUAGUAAGGUGAUGGGUAAACGGAAUCGCACCGUGCUUAGCGGUCAGCUAGAUGGCAGUGGUGACUCCGAUGAACUAGACGAAAUGACAGAUAUUGAAACACCCAGCAAGUCCCGUGGGCAUGAGCUGAUCCGAACUCCCUUACCGUCCUCUAAUAUGAAAAUUCGGUCGAAAAUAUCCGAGUCAAGCCCUGCUACCGCUCUUUUGCAGAGGAUUCUCCGAGAAACUCCCCAACCUCAACCUCCCCAAAAAUCAGCUGUCAUACCCGCUGCGACUAUAAAUUCAGAACAUCUUCGGGAUCUAGACCUAAUUCUAGAACCUGAAACCUGGAUAUGUCGUAUGAUCGGAUGUCCAAAGACGAUCACGACCAAAGGCAGUGAACGCCAAAAGGAUAUCGAGGAUCAUGCCGGAGAGCAUGAUUGGGAGACGCAGAUGAGAGUCGAACUGGUCGAAACCGAACAACGAAUGCGCUCCGUUUUCCCCGUUGGAAAUCUCAUGCAAUACCUAGUCAGCCAGCACUAUCAACAAAUGCGUACUGCAUUCCCCGAGGUAUACCCAGCAAGUAAAGAGACAAAUGGAGGGGACGAGACAGCUCAUGAAGAUUGGAAUGGCACGGCUGGGAGCCCUGAAGCCCAGGUUGUGGAUUCUUCGACACCAACACAGCUCGCAGAGGGGCCCGAUCAUGAGAUGAACGAGACCACGACUUGA